CCAUUGAUAGCAGUAACCAUUAUUAACUCAAAGAAAAGACAACUCACAUCAUCAAACUCUCACUCUCCUUGACACUGACGACACUGAGAAAGCCCCCAGGAUUCUGCUGCUAUGGACCUAAGAUUACCAGUCAAGGUCAGAUUUUAGAGGAAGAAACAAACAUACAAGAUGGAGGCUCUGAAGCCUACUCUCUCUCAGAAACCAAACCUCCCUCCUAAACCAAGGCUGGAGUCGCCAAACGCUAUCCCCUGCCCUGCUGUGCUGGACAGGGCCAUUAGGAGGAUAGAGCCAGGCACAGUCCGGCAGAGGGCUCUCAGCUUCAUCAACAGAGAGGAAACUGGAAAUGAAGCUCUGAGCCGAAAUGGAAGGAUAUCUUCAUCCAAUCAGGCUGUAUUUCAGUGGUCAGAAAGCACAGUGAAAGACCAAAUAAAGGGAGUACCACCUUCUAGAGAAAAUGAACAGAAACAGAGAAAAGAUAAAAAACAAGAUAUUAAGCAGAGAGAAGGGAACAAGGAAAGAAAGUCAUGGAACAAGGACCUGUCACCUGAGUGUGAGGAAGCCGGUCGCUCAGACCCCGACGGCAGUGAGAUGGACUCUGUGUCAGGUGCAGGGCUGUGUGAGGAAGGCUCAACAGCACACUCUAGCCCUCUGGAGGAAAAGCACUGCCACUGUGUCUGCCACCUCCACAGGCCUGGCAUGAAGCUGGUGUGGGUGCCGCUGCAAGCCGAAGAAAACAACAGUGUGUGCAUGGACAGGAAGCUUUCAACUAAUGGAUCAUUAAAGAGGGAAGAGGAAAUAAUAAACUUAUCAAAAGGAGAAACUGACUGGACAGAGGGCAAGGUUACCAAAACAGUGCAUGCCGAUAAUAAAGAAACCACACACCUGGUGAACAAACAGCUGAUGAACACACAUUUGGCUAACGCAUUCCAGCCUUUGCCUUCCAAACACACAACCACUGAAAAAUCUCCCACAAUGCCUCAGUGCGUCAACUGCCAGAGUUUUCGCUUUCAUCAUGGACCUCACAAGGAAGCGGAGAAAGAGUCGGAAUAUGAAACAAUGGACACAUUUUUCCACCUGUGCUCCUCAGAAACUGGGCAUGCAGAAACCCAGUCCAGCCAGCCACUCCCUGCUGAGGAGCCUCUGUAUUUAGACCUUCAGCCAUCCAAUGAGAGUGCUGCUAGUCCCCCAACUCCACCGCCCAGGCCCAAGCUUCCCCCACGGCCAUGCUCCACCGCGCAUGCUAAUCAGAAAGAGAGGCGGUGCACUCAGCCAGUUCUAGCCUAUAUGCUGUCACCAAGGGGAGGUCGCCCACCAAUGAGAUCUCCAACUAGCUUUGAUAGGGGAAGUAAAAACCCACCAUCAGGAAAGCCAAACUUAAAAGAGGAAAAGAAAAGUGAUGACAAAGAUUCAAAAAUGAAGGAGGAGACAGAAAAUGGAAAACAGGAGCAGGAACCCCGUAGGAUAUCUCAUGACUGGGAGCCAAACAGUGACUAUGAGCCUUUGUAUCAGAUGUAUCAGGCGAAAGUGUGCAAGGAAGCAGCUGAGUUGCAGGAUGACAGCCCCAAAGCCCAAAGGAAGAGCAUGAGUGAGUGUUUGGGGAUGCAGGGGACUGGGGCCACUGGGAACCCAUCCAGGAAUGAGCUGCUGGAGAUCACAUUGUGGCAAGAGCUUCCUGUGGUGAAGGAGAGCAGAGUACUGCAGACACUCACUCAUACAGAAAAACAUAGACAGGAGUGUAUGUUUGAAGUAUUGACCUCAGAGGCCUCAUAUCUGCGCUCACUUCGAGUGCUCAAAGAUCACUUCCUGGGGUCACGAGAAUUGGAUGAUACACUGGUUAUUCAUGACAGGAAGUCGCUAUUUUCCAACAUUCUGCAGGUGUAUGAGGUCAGCGAGAGGUUUAUGCAAGCGCUGCUGGACAGAGUGGAUGAGAAUGUGCUCAUAUCUGACAUCUGUGAUAUCAUUCAUCACCAUGCAGAAAAAUACUUUUCUGUCUACAUAGAUUAUGUCAGAAACCAGGUUUAUCAGGAAAAGACUUACAGCAGACUAAUGCAGUGUAACCGAGCAUUUGCAGUGAUUAUGCGGCGGCUGGAGGAAUCUCCACUCUGCAGACGCCUCCCCUUCACCUCUUUCAUGCUGCUGCCCUUCCAGCGCAUCACACGCAUCAAAAUACUCAUCCAGAGCAUUCUGAAGAGGACAAUGGAGGAUUCUCAUGAGGAAAGCACAGCUUCCCAAGCUCUUGCUACUGUUUCUGAGAUCAUCAGGGAGGCGAACACACAGGUGGGGAAGAUGAAGCAGAUGGAAGAACUGAUGCACAUCGCCAACUUGCUCGAGUUUGACAAACUCAAGGCCAUCCCACUUGUGUCUAAAACACGUUGUUUGGAGAAACAAGGUGAGCUGCAGGAGCUCAGUAAAGCAGGAUCACUCUUUGGCUUCAGAUUCCGCUUUACACCCAUCUACAUCUUCCUUUUCAAUGACCUCCUCAUCCUCACUGCUAGGAAGAGCAGUGUGAGUCCAGAGCGGUUUGUCGUUCUGGACCAUGCCCACCGCUCUUUGGUGCAAGUCCAGGGUGUUGAGGGUGGGCCAGCCCCCCAACUAGAGCAUGCCUUCAGCCUAACCAUACUAGAGAAUCACCAGGGCAACACCUGUGAGCGCCUGCUCAAGGCCAACACGGAAUCAGACAUGCACAGGUGGAUAGCUGCAUUCCCAUCUCUGACUGGAACGCAGGAGGAACAGAAGGAGAAGGUGUAUGAGGACUGGGAUUGCCCUCAGGUACAGUGCAUCUGUCAAUAUGUUGCAAAACAAGCUGAUGAGCUCAGUUUAGAACCCUCUGAUGUCAUCAAUGUUAUACGCAAAACAAAUGAGGGGUGGUAUGAGGGAAUCCGUCUUUCAGACAGACAGAGGGGCUGGUUUCCCCAGGAGACUGUUGCUGAGGUAACCAACGAGCACCAGCGACGCCGGAACCUGAGAGAACAAUUUAGACUGGCACAGGCAGCCAAUCAUAUUGUUCAGCGCUGAAAUUUGCCAAAAGAUUCCAAUCUGGUUGCUGAGCUUGAGUACAGGCCACUCAUUACUUCCCAUCUUCAAAGCAUUCUGUAUAUAGUAUAGUAGGCUGCUAAUUGUACAAGAAGUUAAAGGUAUAAAAUGUAACCCUAGAUCAUUAAUUUCAUUUAAAAUGAUCACUGAGAAAUAAAACAAUUUAAAGUGAAA